CGCCUUUUCAAUCAGUUUUCAGGGACUUACACAUCGAUCAAAAUUGUAAAAUGAUUCAGAGAUGCUGUUGGUUCAUAAAAUUGCGCAAGGCCUGCAUCCUAAUUGCCGUGAUAGACUUUAUCAUCAACCUGGUGAUACUCAACUUGUCCGGUCAGGAGUUUAUCGCACAUAUCGAACAGGCGGUGGCCAUCUGCCACUGCAUCGGCUGCACUUUCCUACUGGGUGGAGCGCUAAUCAGAUCGACCAUCCUGCUGAUGUUUUUCCUUAUAACCAGCCUGACCAACUGCAUCAUCAUGAUCGUGUACUGCUGUGUUCUGCUGGUUAGACAAGAGCGAUACCAUGAGAUAAUAGUUCCCAUCUCGGCUUUAUAUAUUUGCUGUGAUGUCUACUUCUGGAUAAUCGUCUACUCGUUUUAUGUUCAAGUAAGAACUCCCGAGCAAGUAAUAGAAGUUUGAUUACGUAAAUUAAAAGUAUGAGAUGGUCUUCUUGUCUGGAUUGAGUUAUCCGUUUAUCCAAGGGCCCAAACUCUCAAUACUUUUUGAGUUCACUGCAAAACUCUCGAUCCUGUAUUCGGUAAACUCAAAUAAUAUUGUGGUUUCCUUGGGUAAUUCAGAUUUUCAAGUCGACUCGUCACUAUAAAAGGAAAAUGUUGUUUUAUUACUCAA